UGAUUGGCGGUCUGCUCGGGUUCGUUUCAGUUGCACUCGAUAACAUCAGGAGGUCUAUCGUCGAUAUAGGAAAUCCAACACGUUUGAUAAAUUGACUAUAGGCCUUGGAGGUAAGUAGCAAUUUAAGACAUCUACAAUAAGGGAUUUGGAGUGUAUAGUUUACACUAAGAAAUAUUACCAUAUUGAACGGAACACCUGUGGUUUUCACGUGGUUGCUCAGCCAUUGAAACCUUUUGGAUUUUUUUGGAUUUUGGAGGUAUUGCCUCCAAAAUUUAUCAGUUCAUUCCGAUUGUUCGAUUGUGAUUGAAGAAGCCGCUAUUGCCAUAAAUCAUUAUCUCGGUAAAAAUGAAACAUGAAACAGCACAAUGUGUUGUACUUGAAUAGGUCAAGGUUUUCUUCUUUGAACAAACCAUUCGACGCCAAUAGAACUUUUUUUUUCAGACAUAGCGCCCAUUUGAGUAAUCUUAUUGUUUUUCAAACAGGAUUGUAUAGAAAGAUUUUGCCUGUAUUAGGGAUAUUACAAGACUGUCAGGAGUUGGCAUGAUGCGUACGUAACAUGAACAUUUAUUGAACAAUAUCACUGAUGUGUUAAGUAGUACAGCGGUUCAAAUUUCUAGUACCGUUCUUGAUUCUCUUGCAUUUUUGGUUGUCAUAGUAACAUAAAGUUAGUCGGUGCAUUGUAGAUACGGUAGCUAACAACUUAAAGGUUGUUCUUAAGGAUAACCGGCAUUAGCCAACGUACCAGUCGUAUACCUCAAGUGCUCUGAACAACAAGGAGCUAUUCUUGUUAGUGAAAUUACCUUGCUUUGUUGCUUGAGAUCUUUGAAAGCUAUAGGGCAUCUUCAGACUUGAUCAGGGUAGAAAUAAAUGGCCUCUUGUUUCCGAGACCUGCCUUGGAAACUCUACGCUAGCCGAGUGAUUUCAGCAUGGGGCGAUCGCAUGUGGAUGUUUGCUGUCGGCUUGUUUAUGGUGGAAUUGUCACCGGGAUCGCUUAAAUGGCCUGCCAUCUACGGAUUAACACAGUCGCUUACCGUCGUUUUUGCGGGUUCGACAAUUGGGCGUUGGGUAGAUCGCAGUCCCCGAUGGAAAGCCGCCCAGAUAUCACUCGCAGUGCAAAAUCUUCUUGUGGUUGCCUGUUCCGUCUGUGUUGGGCUGACAUUCUAUUUCAGAGAAAUACUAGUAACGGAAGUUAGUGGAUGGGGUCUAACGGCUGCUUGCAGCCUUAUUGUAAUUUUGGGUACCCUGGCAAAUUUGGCUUCAGUUGCAUCGUCCAUUGUCGUCUACAAAGAUUGGGUUGUUAUCAUUGCUGGGGGUGAUAGUCAAACGCUGGCGAGUAUAAACUCUACGUGCCGUUCCAUUGAUUUAACCACCAACAUGAUUGCACCUAUCGCUGUUGGACAAGUCAUGUAUUUUGUUUCGCAUAUCGUGGCAGCUACUACCAUUGCUUCAUGGAAUGUGUUGUCCUUUUUCAUCGAGUGCUUUUUGCUAUGGAGAAUCUACCUAGAAUUUCCGAGUUUGGCCGUUAAAGACCAAACUGUCAUUAGUGAAAAGCAACCGUUACAAGGAUCUAAUGACAAAGAAUCAGAUCAGCCAACAGCUGACGUUUACAUCAAUAAGGGUUCCGACAGAGGCUUUUUCGCCAAGCGCUUUGGUAGAUUCGUGGCAAGUUGGCGAAUUUACUUUAGCCACGAAGUGCGCAAUGCCGGGAUUGGUCUCGCGUGCCUCUACAUGACAGUACUGGGUUUCGAUUCCAUCACAAUGGGCUAUUCUUAUUCGCAAGGCGUGCCAGAGAGCAUACUCGGCAUUCUGCGGGCUGUGGGGGCUGCAAUAGGUCUCCUGGGCAGUGUGGCUUUCCCUUCUUUCGUGCGCUGCCUGGGUGUUGAACGAACUGGAUUGUACGGUUUCGCUUUGGAAAUAGCCUCUCUCACCUUGUGCGUUGCUUCCGUUUGGGCACCUGGUACGCCUUUCGAUCCAUCUGCAGUAUCGAUAUCCACCAUCGUAGAUCCCUUUACCUUUCAAAACACAAGCAGCAACUCAACAGGAUCUUAUCAAGAAGGUCCCGAGUCGUACACUUCUGUGAUCCUUUUGUUGUCUGGCAUCAUUUUAGCUCGAUUUGGGCUGUGGGUGGCUGACUUGAGCGUCAAUCAAGUUUUGCAGCAGGUGGACGACCAGAUUCGAGGCACAAUCAAUGGAGUACAGAGCUCAAUGAAUAUGAUCUUCGACACUGCAAAGUUUCUACUAGUAAUUGCCUGUCCUUGGCCACAAACUUUCGGGAUUCUUAUCUGCAUCUCAUUUACUGCUAUAUGUGCAGGGUGGCUUUUUUUUGCUUCAUAUUCCUUGAAGAAGCGCGGACAUUUACUACCAUUCCACAAAGUUAUCAAUACCAUUCCACCAGAACAAAUCCAUCAAAUCAAAAUGGAGGCAAAAGAUGAAAAGAACGAUGAAGAUGCUGUCCGUCGAAAUAGUUUGUCGCCCUCCCAAACAUGAAAAAAGUACUGCACGAACCUAGAAAUUUCGACAUGCUUGAACGCGUUCUUAGAACUUCACCAUCUGCCGUUUCUAGAACGUUAGUUUUUUUUUAAUACAAUGAAAUAGAAAAAAGGGAAGAGAAGAUUAUACCAUAGGCGAAUGACUCGACACAAUUUAUAGGUCUCAGGGUAUGCACGAAGGGAAUUGAAAAAUACAGUUUAUGAUACAACAGCUAUGCCUUACCUUCGAUGCAAAUCGAUCGGUCUUACCUGCUAAAUCCGAAUUACAGUACCAGGAAACAAGAUUUCCAUCAUCGUUUAAUGUUCAGACGUG